AUGGGUAUUAAAAUUAUCGGAUUCGCUCUCUCCACUACUACUCUUAGAGUAACUCUCACCCUUGAAGAAUUAGGUCUAGAAUAUGAAUUAGAACCAGUUACUAGCGUAGAUGAAAUUAAAACACCUGAAUUUCUUGCCACAAAAAAUCCAUUGGGGAAAGUCCCAGUAAUGAUUGAUGACGGUUUCACACUUUACGAAUCGCGUGCAAUCUGUCGUUAUCUCGUAAACAAAUACCAAGGAACCAAGAAUUCUACAAUUUUGAUUCCAAAAGAUAUACAAAAGGCCUCUUUGGUUGAACAAUACUUAUCGGUCGAAAGUUUAUAUUUUGAUUUACCAUCAUCAACUAUUAAUUAUGAAGAAGUUGUUGCUGUAAAACACUUUGGUAAAGAAGCUAAUGCUGAAAAGGUUAAAGAAGCAAAAGAAAAACUCGAAAAGAUAUUGGAUGUCUAUGAAAAAUUUCUCGAGGGAAAAAAUUAUUUGGUUGGUGAAUAUUCUUUGGCUGAUCUUGUUCAUAUACCUAAUGGAUUUAUUAAUGUUCGUAAAACUAGCGCUAAAGAUGUAUAUUAUGAUGCUAAAAGACCCAAUGUUGUUAAAUGGGUGAAAAGUAUUUGCGAAAGACCUUCUUGGAAACAAAUAGUAGCAAAAAAUGAUAAACUUGAAUAA